AUGUCAGUAAAUCACUCAACAAAUAUCAGCUACUGGCGAUGGAUAGAGCCUUUAGGCAGUGAGACAACUGCUAGCCCGCCGCAACCAUCCCUACCGGGAGACGAAAGUCUGCCAAAGCCUCAGGAACUAAGCCGGACUGAACUUUUGCAAAAAGAUUUCUUGAGAAAGCCAGGUAUUCAUGUUAUACUGGGCUGGAACGCAAAUGGCUUGUUCGGCAGUACUGUCAAUUUCUUACAAAACGACUCAGAAACGAGCUAUGGGACAUUUUCGCGCUUUCUUUCCAAACGAGUCAAGGGAAAGGGCGCUGAAAGGACAUUGAAUCCAGGGAAUUCUAGUAAUACAAACCCUCUCUCCACCCCUGCGCCUGAUUUUGAGUACGCCUGGCACUAUAUGGCAUUCUGUACCCUAUGGCGGUCAUCACUUAUCAACCCUACUGGAGACAGUGGCCAAGUGAGGACGGAUGGAUCUACCGACGAGACCAAUGUGCUACUUUGCUUCGAUCUUGAUGAUGAUAUUACCCUCCGGCUAAGACGUCUGCUGCAUAAAACCGAUUUCAGAAACUGGAACAACGAACCCUUUCUCAUGCUCAAGUAUGCACUCAAUAUCGUGAUAGAGCAGUGUGAGGAUGAUCUCUGGAGCUUAUGUGCCUCCAACUUCGUCACUGUUGCCAAUAGCAACAUCUCGAAAGGCAUUCUCAAGCAAACUCGGAAUGAAGGCAAAGUCUUGUCCGAUACCGUGUCCGCCUUAACGCUUCUAUUCCUGCCGGGAACUUUCAUCUCAGGAUUUUUCGGAAUGAAUUUCUUCACACUCGACGAGAACGAAAAAACCCAGACUCUACAGUGGAAGACACAUCCAAAAAUCUGGAUCUUCUUCGUUUGCACAAUCCCCAUAACCAUACUCGGCUUCUUUGUUUUCAUGCUGGAGUUCAACUUGCAUGCUUGGAUCUGGCGCAUGCAAGCCCUCAUAGGUGGCAUUUUCUGCCGAAGCAGAACAUCCGAGAAUAUUGACUCUGAUAACUUAGGAUCUUUGGAACGGUCAAUAGGGCUUCCGUGGAAAUUUUGGCUCUCCCGGCGUACUACUUUGCGCUCGACACCGUAA